AUGGCGGAUUCCUCCCCGUACCACCGCUCUCCAAACAACAAUGGCCGUCCCCGGCCGGCCCGCCGCCGCCGCGGCGGUGACAUUCCCCCACCCUCUCCGUUGUCCCGUUCCUUCGCACUCUUCAGCUCCACCGACAUGUCCAUCGUCGCCCCCAGCGGCAGCUUCACCCCAACCCGCCGCCGCCGCCACCCUCCGCCGAACACAGCCUUCGCCGCCGACGGCGACGUGUCAUGGCAGGGCGAGGUGUCGUGGCAGUACCAGCCCACGGGCUACAUGAACGACAGCCGAAGCUUCGGCGCAAUUUUGAGCCCAUGGGCCGGUGCUACACCUGCGGCCCACCGGGCCAUGCGGAGAUCGGCCCAGGACUUUGAUCUCUCUCGCACCCGCGGCGGGCCCGGAAACGGGCAGAGCUCCUCGUACUACGAUCGCUCCGGGAUUAGUGCCAGCGGACGGCUUCCCUUGCAGAGCUACAAAGACGGCGGCGACUACGCCGAGGAUAACAACAGUCUCAUCGUUAAUGUCAGAGAUUACGACCUGCCGCCUAUCCCGCCGCCGCCUCCGUAUGUUCAGGAGGUUUCUCCUCAAUCGAGGCAGCUGGAAGCCAUCAGGGAGCGGCAGAGUAGGGAAGGCAGCAUCGACGUCGAUUUCACCGCCGGAAAAAUUCGUGGAGAUCGGAGAGAAUCGAGGUGGAAUUCAGUUUCCAACGCUUACGCUGAUGUGCCGAUUAGCCCCGGGAUUCCUGAUCGGAGUUAUGGAGAUUUCGAUCGGAGCGGCGGCGGAGGGGGUAAAUACGAGGACGACGAUUAUGAUUACGAUGACGAGGAAGGAGAAGAAGAGGAGGAAGAAGAAGAAGGAGGAAGGAAGCUGGUUGGAUUGAUCGGUUUGUUCAAGUACUCGAGUAAAUGGGACGUGUUCCUUCUGUUCUUGGGCUGUGUGGGAGCUCUCAUCAAUGGCGGCGCUCUUCCUUGGUACUCUUUCCUGUUUGGCAACUUCGUCAACAAAAUUGCAAAGGACACCAGCGAUCAGAUGAUGGACGAUGUUCGCGAGAUAUGCUUUGCAAUGACGGUACUUUCAGUGGUGGUGAUGUUUGGAGCAUACGUAGAAAUCACCUGUUUUAGAUUGGUGGGAGACCGGUCAGCUCAUCGAAUAAGGACCAAGUAUCUCCGAGCAGUUCUGAGACAGAACAUUGGUUUCUUUGACACUGAAGUUGGCACAGGGGACAUAAUGCACGGAAUUGCAAGUGAUGUUGCACAGAUCCAAGAAGUGAUGGGGGAGAAGAUGGCGAAUUUCGUUCAACAACUAUUCACCUUCUUCUGUGGCUAUGUCGUUGGAUUCUUGAGAUCAUGGAAGGUAUCUCUUGUGGUCUUCUCGGUCACCCCAUUGAUGAUGUUCUGUGGCAUUGCCUAUAAGGCUGUCUAUGUUGGCCUUGCUACAAAAGAAGAGGCUGCAUAUGUUAAAGCUGGCACUGUGGCUCAGCAAGCCAUUAGCGCGAUCAGAACUGUGUUCUCUUUUGUUGCUGAGGACAAUUUGUCAGCUAAAUAUUCUGAGUUGUUGGCGAAUUCUAUUCCCAUUGGAGCGAAGAUUGGAUUUGCGAAGGGGGCAGGAAUGGGAGUCAUUUACUUGGUUACAUAUUCCACAUGGGCAUUGGCUUUUUGGUAUGGAGCAAUCUUGGUCUCAAGAGGGGAGAUCUCUGGAGGUGAUGCUAUUGCAUGUUUCUUUGGAGUCAACCUAGGGGGAAGAGGACUGGCUUUGUCGCUGUCAUAUUUUGCUCAGUUUGCACAAGGCACGGUAGCAGCAACACGUAUAUACGAAAUCAUAGACCGAGUUCCGGAGAUCGACCCUUACAGUCCCGAAGGAAGAACAUCAUUGAGUACACGUGGAAGGAUCGAGUUCAAAGGUGUCACCUUUGCUUAUCCAUCUCGUCCAGAUGCUCUAAUCCUGCGCUCCAUCAAUCUGGUUAUCCCAUCUUCAAAGACACUUGCCCUAGUUGGUGCUAGUGGAGGUGGGAAAUCCACUAUUUUCGCUCUUAUAGAAAGGUUCUAUGAUCCAGUUUCAGGAGUGAUUAGCUUGGAUGGUCAUGACUUGAGGACACUGCAGGUCAAGUGGCUUAGAAGUCAAAUGGGAAUGGUGGGACAAGAGCCAAUCCUCUUUGCUACAAGCAUUAUGGAGAAUGUUUUAAUGGGGAAGGAGGAUGCCACAGAGAGAGAAGCGAUCAAAGCCUGUAUUGCUGCGAAUGCUCACGACUUUGUAUCAGCUCUUCCGCAGGGCUACGACACUCAGGUUGGCGACAGGGGAACACAGCUUUCAGGAGGACAGAAGCAGCGAAUUGCAUUAGCUCGCGCCAUCCUCAAGGAUCCCACCAUCCUUCUCUUAGACGAACCCACAAGUGCACUAGACCCUGAAUCUGAAUCCGCAGUCCAGAAAACCAUCGACAAGAUCUCACUCGGAAGAACAACAAUCGUCAUUGCUCACAGACUAGCCACAGUGAAGAAUUCCAACACCAUUGUCGUCCUCGACCAAGGCUCCGUAGUCGAGAUAGGCAAUCACCGUCAGCUCAUGGACAAAGCCGGCUGCUACUACGACCUCGUCAAGCUUGCCUCCCAAGGAGCCACAUCGAAACAUGCUGGCCUUGACACGGAGAAGUCGAAGGCUACGUACGAGAAGUCUGUUAGUGAUGUCAAGGCCCAGUUUGAGAAAUCUAGGUCUAUGUCAAGGCCAGAGGAUCCUGAAACAACAGCAACACAGCAAACUCGUAAACCGACGGAGAAGUUUAGACUUUCGGAGGUGUGGGCUCUUCAGAAGCCAGAGGCUAUAGCACUUGCGCUUGGCUUCAUUGGAGCUAUCCUAGCUGGAGCUAUCCUGUCCAUAUUCCCCUUCCUCCUAGGCCUAGCCCUUCAGGUCUACUUCGACGAUGACCCUCCGAAGUUGAAGAAAGACGUUGGGAAUCUCGCCUUAGUCAUUCUUGGUCUCGGCGUUGGCUGCAUUCUCACAAUGACAAGCCAACAAGGCCUCUGCGGAUUUGCCGGAACUAAACUGACGGUUCGAGUUCGAGAACUCCUGUUCCAAUCCAUUCUGAGACAAGAACCGGGUUGGUUCGACUCCGAAGAAAACUCCACAGCAGCACUCAUCUCGAAACUAUCAAUCGAUUGCGUCACUUUCCGAUCAGCCCUCGGUGACCGAUUCUCGGUCCUGUUCAUGGGUCUAAGCUCAGCCGCCGUGGGCCUUGGUUUAUCAUUCUUCCUUCAAUGGAAGCUCACUCUAGUGGCAGCAGUUCUAACCCCCUUCACUCUCGGCGCAAGCUACCUGAACUUGAUCAUUAACGUGGGUCCGAAGCUAGACAACGCAGCCUACACCCGAGCCAGCAACAUCGCCUCAGGGGCUGUCUCCAACAUCAGGACGGUGACUACGUUUGCAUCUCAGGAACGGAUAGUUCAGGCAUUCGGACAAGCUCUUGCUGAGCCGAAGAAGAAGUCGGAGAAGAAGUCUCAAGUCUUGGGAGCCACGCUAGGUUUCUCUCAGGGUGCAAUGUACUGUGCGUACACGUUGACACUCUUUUAUGGGGCUUACUUGGUCGACAAGGGGGAGUCAAACUUUGGUGACGUGUACAAAAUCUUUCUCAUCCUUGUUCUGAGCUCAUUCUCCGUCGGACAGCUGGCGGGGCUAGCUCCGGAUACGUCCAUGGCUGCGACAGCAAUCCCGGCUGUGUUCAACAUCAUCUAUCGUCGGCCUUCGAUAGUAAACCCUCGAAAGGCAAAGAAGGUUGAUCGAUCCUCGAAGGGGUUGGAUAUCGAGCUGAAGAUGGUGACAUUUGCUUAUCCUUCAAGGCACGAGGUUACUGUGCUGAGGGACUUCUCAUUGAAGGUUAAAGGUGGUAGCAUGGUGGCUUUGGUAGGAGGAAGUGGUUCGGGGAAAUCGACGGUCAUAUGGUUGGUGCAGAGGUUUUAUGAUCCUAAUCAAGGAAAGGUGAAACUGGGAGGGGUGGAUUUGAGGGAUUUGGAUAUCAAGUGGUUGAGAAGGCAGACGGCAUUGGUAGGGCAGGAGCCUGCUUUGUUUGCUGGAACAAUAAGGGACAACAUUGCGUUUGGAGAACCUAAUGCUUCCUGGGCUGAGAUCGAAGAGGCGGCGAAAGAUGCUUAUAUCCAUAAGUUCAUCAGCAGUCUUCCUGAAGGCUACGAUACUGAGGUGGGUGAAAGUGGGUUCCAAUUAUCAGGAGGCCAGAAGCAGAGACUGGCAAUUGCAAGGGCUAUGCUGAAGAAAUCGAGUGUGCUGCUGCUGGACGAAGCCAGCAGCGCGCUGGACUUGGAAUCGGAGAAACACGUCCAGCAAGCACUCAGCAAUGCCUCCAAACGAGCCACCACCAUCGUCGUUGCCCAUCGGCUCUCGACGAUCAGAGAAGCUAACAUGAUCGCGGUGGUUCAAGAUGGUUCGGUCGUCGAGCAUGGUAAUCAUAACACGCUCCUGAGAUCAAACCUCAAUGGCGUUUACGCGAGCAUGGUUCGUUCUGACGCAGAAGCAAGUGCGUUUGCUUGAGCACUAAUAUAUGUUCUUUGGUGUAGAAGGACAACAAUGUAUAAAUGGUGUUAAGGUUGUAUUAUUGUAAGCUGUAAUCUUUUUGUCAAGUGAUGUAGAG